CCCUGUGGUGGGUCUUUGUUCUCAAGUCAAAAUGGCGGAUGUAAGACUGAGAAAAGGAGGCCUUAAAAGUUCUCUUGAAUCUAGUGAAGCCGAAAACAAAAGCUAUAGAAAUAAGGAAGAGCUCACAGUUAAAGAAAAGCGAGGUUAUUCGUGGAUAUUUGUAUCUACCUUGUGUUUUUACGGUGUAAUAUUAGGCAUUUCCUACCUUGAGUCACGUUCUGUUCCUUCGCCCAAAAGACACGUCGACAGCCAUAUCGGAGAAUUUUCCGAAGAAAGAGCUAGAGUUCAUCUAGAUGCCAUUACCUCAUUUGGCCCUCGUCCUACAGGAAGUGUAGCCAAUGAAAUUCAUACAGUAAAGUACAUCCUGGAUCAAGUAGCAAACAUAAAGUUGUCAGCCAAGAAAUCUGUGGUUAUUGAAGUAGACGUUCAAAAGCCGUCUGGUACUUUCUUUCUUGAUUUUCUAGACGGAUUUACAAGCCACUAUUACAACAUUACUAACAUCGUGGUACGCGUUAGUCCUGUCAAGAAUUCCCCUCCAGAACAUUCAGUGUUAAUCAAUGCUCAUUUUGAUUCUGUUCCCAAUUCCCCUGGUGCAAGUGAUGAUGCUGUCAGUUGUGCUACAAUGCUGGAGAUUUUAAGGGUGAUGGCUCAAUGUCCUGCAGCAAACCUUACACAUGCUGUUAUAUUUCUGUUUAAUGGAGCAGAAGAGAACGUUCUUCAGGCUAGUCAUGGUUUUAUUACGCAACAUCCUUGGACAAAGAGCAUUCGAGCAUUCGUAAAUUUAGAAGCUGCAGGAGCAGGUGGUAAAGAAAUAGUGUUUCAGACAGGACCAGAACAUCCAUGGCUGGUUAAAGCAUAUACAGAAGUUGCUCCAUACCCUAGUGCUCAGGUGAUUGGACAAGAGAUCUUUCAAAAUGGUCUUAUUCCCAGUGAUACAGACUUUAGGAUCUUUAGAGAUCAUGGCAACAUUCCAGGUAUUGAUAUAGCAUACCACACCAAUGGCUAUGUGUAUCACACAUAUUAUGACACCCCAGCGGCAAUAACACCAGGUUCUAUCCAGCGUGCAGGAGAGAAUGUUCUAACUGUUGUCAUGGAGAUGGCUAAUUCACCAUUAUUGACAGAUCCUGGAGAGUACAGGCAUGGUGCUAUGGUUUUCUUUGAUUUCAUGGGCCUGUUUAUGGUACACUAUCCUGAGAGAAUCGGUGUUAUCAUUAAUGGCAUUACUUUCAUCUUUACUGUUGCUUUGAUUGCAAAGAAAAUGUUCAUUUCAAGAAAGAAAGGAGAAGGCGGGAUGCAAGUGAACAGAAUAUCGAUCACCAGUCUUUUGUCAUCAUUUGGUAUACUACUGUUGUCUUGGGUAGCUGGUUUGACAUUUCCCCUUACUGUAGCUGCUAUUCUUACAACAUCUGGACAUUCUUUAACAUGGUUUUGCAGGCCGUAUCUGAUAGCAGGUCUGUUUGUAUCCCCUGUUCUACUGGGUAUCGGCAGUGUUCAUUGUCUGGUGAAACAUGUCACUCUUCUCCCAAAGGAAAAGUCAAGUGGGGAUAAGACUAAUGCGUUAACACAAUUAUGGCAACAAGAGACAAAUGUAUUUUAUUCAUCUCUUAUCAUAUGGACUGGCCUUUUAGGUGUUAUGACGUAUUACAACCUUGCUUCAGCCCAUCUCCCUCUCCUAUGGGUCAUCUUCCCUCUUUGCAUAAGAGUGUUUAUCUGGGAAAACAUGUUACGAAAGAACUCUUGUGGCACAGGAAACAUUGUUCAGUUUCUAAUAAUGUAUCUCAGCUCAGUGUUAGUUCCAGUAUGUUUUACAUCCUAUUCAUGUGUGACUGUGCUGGAUCUUUUCAUGCCAAUCAUGGGUCGUAGUGGUUCACAAACCAUACCUGAUGUAUUCAUUGCUGUUAUUGUUGCUAUCUUGGUUAUUGUCUUGACAUCUUAUUUGGUGAGUCUUCUGUACUUAAUGCGCAACAUGAACUGGGCUGGUUUGUUUCUUUGUGCUUUGACUUUCUUGUCUAUUAGUAUUUCACUCUCUGGCUUGGCUUUUCCUUACUCAGCAGAAAAACAAUGUCCUAAAAGAUUUUUUUACCAGCAUAUUGUGAGAACAUUCCAUGGGAUGGAUGGAAGUGUUGUCAAGAAAGACUCUGGUAUCUGGUUGAACCCACUUGACUACAAUGGUAUUACUCACUUAAAGGACGUACCUCUGAUCAAGCAGGCCAAACAAGUCAUGACUGAUGAUGGUGUCUAUCAAGGCUUUCCAUAUUAUCUUCCAGCAAGAAAUCUUUUCAAAAAGUCAUUCUACAUUCCUGGUCCUCCGCCGGAUGUCAGGUCUUUACUAUGGGACUGUAAACUUUUAUCAAGGACCCAGGAAGGGAGGACGUUUCGAUUCACCUUCUUAAUUAAAGGACCUGAUCACAUGACUGUAUACUUCUCAACUGCACAAGAGGUAUAUUUUCUAUCUUCAUCAUUAGGACACUUGGAGUCUACUGAUGACCCAUCACAUACUCAUGGGACUACCUACUUUAUAUAUUACUCGCAUGGUACUCGAACUGUUCCUUGGGAAUUUUGGGUUGAAUUUCAGGUUGAGAGAGACCUCCCAAAGAAUUCCCCCCUGAUGGAUCUAGCUGUAGCAGCACAUUUCUUGAAUGGAGAGCAGUCCAGGACCCCAUUUUUGAACCAGCUAAUCAAGGAAAGUCCUGAUUGGGUCUUUGCUCAUUCUUGGGUCAACGUUUAUGAAAGCUGGUCCUUUGGUGUCUAGAAGGUCAUUCUUCGUAUUCAUUACUUUAAAAAACCUUUUCCCAACUGUUAAUAAAGCAAAAUUAUUUUUA